CUGUUUUAAGUCUUUCGAUGACAAUUCUUGUGUUAAGCGUCACAAUAUGGCUGACAGUUGAUGGUGGAGAUGAAGACCCAACGGAUUGGACAGGAAGGAGUCCGGGCCGCCCCUGCCGUUCUGGGGGGUGAUAUGUGCCAACAUCGCGACUGCCCAGUCAGGACUGAAGAUGACGACACCUCAAAAAUUGGUGAAAUGUUGCACCUCUGUAACCACAAACUAUUUUCCCUGAUAUUCUGUGAGAUCAACGGAAACCUGAGUAUCUCGUUUUCGCUCAAUUCAAGUCUUAAAGAUUAUAUGAACCGUUCAUACCUGUCGUGGAAGACUUGGAAAGUUGGAAGUUCCUGAAAGACAGCAGCGUCACCCCCCUUAUCUCGAUAUACCGCCGCAAGAAUGAGUCUAAUCCAAGGAUGGCUGCCCCCAUCACGGCAGAAUUGGGAGCUGAUAGUGAACCUAUUUAGCUACGUUUUCCCUCUCUUCACCUGCCUCCAAUGGCUCACCGACUGGUACCCCAUGGGCAAAACCUCCAUCACCUCGCGCUUCAACAUCCCCGGUAAAGUCGCCUGGACCCUAAUGGAAGUGCCGGGCUUCUCGACGCUCGUGUAUAUCAUGUUUGCGUUGCCGAAGCAGCUGGGGAUUGGGGCCUUGCCGUGGGGAAACUGGCUAAUGACCGGGCUGUUCGUCACGCAUUAUGUGUAUCGCGCGCUGCUCGCGCCGCUGGUGCUCAACCCUUCUAUGAGCCCUAUUCAUCCGCUCGUGGCGUUCUUCGCGGCGGGUUUCCAAAUGGCGAACGCGUUGUCGAUUGGGGGUUGGUUGGCGGGGUAUGGGCCGACCGACGCGGGCUAUUGGGAUGGCAGGACGCUACAAGUCGGGGUGGGGACGGUGAUCUGGGCUGCGGGGUUGAUCGGGAAUAUCUAUCAUGAUGACGUGUUGCGCGAUAUCCGACGAGUCGCGAUGAGGAAGAAGGAGGAUGACAAGGCGCGAGGGAAAGCGUCGGAUUCGUCGAAGGUCUAUCAGGUGCCGGAGAAGGGGUUGUUUCGCUAUGUGCUGUAUGCGCACUAUCUCUGCGAGUGGAUCGAAUGGACGGGAUAUUGGGUUAUGGGAGGGGUAGGCUGUAUCCCGGCGCGGACAUUUGUGAUCAAUGAGAUCACUACCAUGCUGCCUCGCGCUACCAGUGGGAAGAGAUGGUAUAUCGCGAAGUUCGGUAAGGAGAAGAUUGGUGGCAGAAAGGCUGCUAUUCCGGGGUUGAUAUAA